AUGAUGGUUCCGCUCGAUCCAUCUGACAAGCCCACCUCGCAGCGCCGCAUAGCGGUGGGCGACACCGUCGUGGUGUACGAGCGCCACGACGCGAUGCGCGCCGUCACCGUCGCCGCCGACGGCGUGCUGCAGAACCGGUUCGGGGUCUUCCGCCACGCCGACUGGCUCGGCCGCCACUUCGGAUCCAAGGUCUUCAGCAGCGCCGGCGGCGGCGGCGGGGGCAAGUUCGCUCGCAAGGCCGGCGGCGGGUUCGUCCACCUCCUCGCGCCCACCCCGGAGCUCUGGACGCUCGUGCUCAGCCACCGCACGCAGAUCCUCUACAUCGCCGACAUCAGCCUCGUGGUGGCCUACCUCGAGCUCGUCCCCGGAUGCGUCGUGCUGGAGUCCGGGACGGGCAGCGGCUCGCUCACCACGUCGCUGGCCCGCGCCGUCGCGCCGCAGGGGCACGUGUACACGUUCGAUUUCCACGACCAGAGGGCGGCCUCUGCAAGGGAAGAUUUUGAGAAGAAUGGCCUAAGUAGCCUUAUUACAGUUGCUGUGCGGGACAUACAAGGAGAAGGGUUCCCAGACGAGCACUCUGGAGCUGCUGAUGCUGUGUUCCUGGAUUUGCCUCAGCCUUGGCUGGCUAUACCAUCUGCUGGGACAAUGCUACGACAAGAUGGCGUUCUAUGCUCCUUUUCCCCUUGUAUUGAGCAAGUACAGCGAGCUUGCGAAGCUAUGAGAUCAUGUUUCACAGAUAUUAGAACUUUUGAAAUUCUUCUUCGCACCUACGACGUACAUGAAGGUGUUCUGAAGAGUGCAACUGCCAACGAAGCUGCUAAUUUGGGUUCAGUUCCUGAGAAGAAAAGGAAAAUUCGGACAGGUGGAGAAGCCUUUGACAGUACACAGACUUCUUCUGUUAUGGCUAGGCCCUGCAGCACAGCUAGAGGACACACUGGCUACUUGACGUUUGCAAGGAGAAGUGUGCAUGGCAGCCAAGCUGUAGCCAAUGAAUGUUGCUCCACUUCUUAGACCAGUAAUAUACACACUGGCGCAGAGUUAUUACUAUCUGAAGUGUGUGCUAUGGUUCUUGUUUGUGUAACCUGUGCUGAGCACCAUUUGAGGUGCAGUGUGGCGGGAUAAGAAAUAUCACGCCUCCGCACUGGAGCAGAGUGAGUACCAUGCAAGGUGAUGUGGUGCAGCCAAGAGAUCUGUCUGAUGAGUUAGAGAUGCUCGUAAUGCUUAUGAACAUAACUGAUAUAUGGCCUCUCCAGUAGGCCUUGGUCUUUGAGUGUUUUUUUUUUCAUGGUAGUUUGAGAUUGUUGUGAUUGUGCUACCAUGGCUAUCAUACUAAUCAUUCAUAUCUCUGUUUUUUUUAUGAUGAACCACACUAAUCAUUCA